AUGUCGACCAGAACAACUGUUCCCUUCUCCAGAGAAACUUUGGAGCAGGUUUUGAAGAGAAGAUUUUUCUUUGCGCCCUCGUUCGAAAUCUACGGCGGAGUGUCGGGCUUGUACGAUUAUGGUCCACCAGGCUGUGCUUUCCAGGCCAAUGUUGUUGACACGUGGAGAAAGCACUUCAUUUUGGAAGAGGACAUGUUGGAGGUGGACUGUACCAUGUUGACUCCCCACGAGGUGUUGAAGACUUCUGGCCAUGUGGACAAGUUUGCCGACUGGAUGUGCAGAGACUUGAAGACCGGAGAGAUUUUCCGUGCCGACCACUUGGUUGAGGAAGUAUUGGAAGCGAGAUUGAAGGGCGACAAGGCUGCCAGAGGACAGGCGGUGACCGAGGAGGAGGACGAAGACAAGAAGAAGAGAAAGAAGAAGGUGAAGGAAAUCAAGAACAUCAAGUUGGACGACGAAGUGGUCAAGGAAUACGAGACUGUUUUGAACCAGAUCGACGGCUUUUCCGGCCCACAAUUGGGCGAGUUGAUCACCAAGUACAACAUCACCAACCCAGCUACUGGCGGCCCAUUGGAGCCUCCAGUGGAAUUCAACUUGAUGUUCGAGACCGCCAUCGGUCCUUCUGGCCAAUUGAAGGGAUACUUGCGUCCUGAAACGGCGCAAGGUCAAUUUUUGAACUUCUCCAAGUUGUUGGAGUGCAACAACGAAAAGAUGCCUUUUGCUUCUGCGUCGAUUGGAAAGUCCUUCAGAAACGAAAUCUCGCCCCGUGCGGGCUUGUUGCGUGUCCGUGAGUUUUUGAUGGCCGAAAUCGAGCACUUUGUGGACCCAGAAAACAAGAACCACCCAAGAUUUGCCGAGGUGGAAAAUACCAAAUUGCGUUUCUUGCCUAAAUCCGUGCAAGAGGCUGGCUCUAACGAGUUGGUGGAGAAAACCAUCGGCGAAGCUGUGUCUUCGGGCAUGGUCGACAACCAGACUUUGGGUUACUUCAUUGCACGUAUCUACCACUUCUUGCUCAAGAUCGGUGUGGACCCACAACGUUUGCGUUUCAGACAGCAUUUGUCCAACGAAAUGGCCCACUAUGCCUCUGACUGUUGGGAUGCCGAAUUGCACACCUCUUACGGUUGGAUUGAGUGUGUUGGAUGUGCCGACAGAUCUGCUUACGACUUGAGUGUCCAUGCUGCUCGUACCAACGAGAAAUUGGUUGUUAGACAAGCAUUACCUGAGCCAGUGACUGUGGAGAAAUUUGAGGUUGACAUUGACAAGAAGAAGUUUGGCCCUAAGUUUAGAAAGGACGCUGGUGCCGUGACCAAAUACUUGGAAGAGAGAACCCAAUGCGAAUUGGAAGAUUUGGCCCAGGAAUUGUCUGCCAACGGUAAAAUCGUUGUGCAAGUCAAGGGCAUCGAAGGUGAUGUGGAAAUUGGCUCUGAUCUUGUGAAGAUCGCCAAGGUCAAGAGAACGGAACACGUCCGCGAGUUCACACCUAAUGUCAUUGAGCCUUCUUUCGGUAUCGGCCGUAUUCUCUACUCUAUCUUCGAGCACCAGUUCUGGUCCAGACCCGAAGACAAGGACAGAUCCGUUUUGUCCUUACCUCCUUUGGUCGCUCCUACCAAGGUUUUGGUCGUUCCAUUGUCUUCGCACGCCGACUUGUUGCCUCUUGUCAAGAAAAUCUCCGCCGUCUUGAGAAAAGAGCAGAUUCCAUUCAAGGUGGACGACUCUUCCGCCUCUAUUGGUAAGAGAUACGCCAGAAACGAUGAGUUGGGUACGCCUUUCGGUAUCACCAUCGACUUUGACACUGCCAAGGACGGUUCUGUCACCUUGAGAGAAAGAGACUCCACUAAGCAAGUGAGAGGUUCUGUUGAAGAUAUUGUGCGUGCCGUGAAGGAAAUCACUUACGGUGGUGUUUCUUGGGCUGAGGGUACUUCUAAACUUACUCCUUUCGAGACCCAGUCUGAGGAGGCUUAA